AUGGUACUUACCGUCUGUGCUGGUCUCGAUGGUACUUACCGUCUGCGCUGGUCUCGAUGGUACUUACCGUCUGUGCUGGUCUCGAUGGUACUUACCGUCUGCGCUGGUCUCGAUGGUACUUACCGUCUGCGCUGGUCUCGAUGGUACUUACCGUCUGCGCUGGUCUCGAUGGUACUUACCGUCUGUGCUGGUCUCGAUGGUACUUACCGUCUGCGCUGGUCUCGAUGGUACUUACCGUCUGCGCUGGUCUCGAUGGUACUUACCGUCUGCGCUGGUCUCGAUGGUACUUACCGUCUGCGCUGGUCUCGAUGGUACUUACCGUCUGCGCUGGUCUCGAUGGUACUUACCGUCUGUGCUGGUCUCGAUCGUACUUACGGUCUGCGCUGGUCUCGAUGGUACGUACCGUCUGCGCUGGUCUCGAUGGUACUUACCGUCUGCGCUGGUCUCGAUGGUACUUACCGUCUGCGCUGGUCUCGAUGGUACUUACCGUCUGCGCUGGUCUCGAUGGUACUUACCGUCUGUGCUGGUCUCGAUGGUACUUACCGUCUGCGCUGGUCUCGAUGGUACUUACCGUCUGCGCUGGUCUCGAUGGUACUUACCGUCUGCGCUGGUCUCGAUGGUACUUACCGUCUGUGCUGGUCUCGAUGGUACUUACCGUCUGCGCUGGUCUCGAUGGUACUUACCGUCUGCGCUGGUCUCGAUGGUACUUACCGUCUGCGCUGGUCUCGAUGGUACUUACCGUCUGCGCUGGUCUCGAUGGUACUUACCGUCUGUGCUGGUCUCGAUGGUACUUACGGUUUGCCGCUGCAGGUGGGACACAGACACGUGGUGGACGCCACGCUCCCGGAGAAGGCGUGCUCCGUGGCCAGCGUGCUGAUGGCCGUGACACAGACGGGCGCCGUGACCUGCGUCAGGAAAGUGGGCGGAGGAAGUCUGGAGCCAGAGUCGGUGAUGGAGAUGACGGAGACGGGGAAGCGCGUCGGGAAAGCCCUCCACGCUCCGCUCAUGGAGCUCCUGCAGCAGGAAGAGAAACUCGGCAAAUCCAGACAGAAAGUGGGAUUCCUCGGAUAG